CACAGCACUGCCUCCGAGCGAGGCACACUGUAAACAACCAGCGACCCACAGACACGCAGCUUUGUGCCCAACUCCAGUGAUUCAGCUCUUUACGCUCCACAAGCAACAAAUAACUAGCCCCUGGUCUCCCGCAGAAAAAAUGCUGUUCAGCUCCUGCCUGCUCUGGAAAACACUGGUUUUUAUAGGUUUAGCAGUAAUUCUUGCAGAUUUUACUGACAUCGGAGCUUUUGCCAGUCCAAGUGAAUGUGAAAGAGCAACCAUAGGUGAUGUGAACGAGAGUCUUGAGAAAUAUUCAAAAUGCCUUAAUGAAAUGAUCGCCAAGGGUGAAAAAGCUGCAAUCAAUUCCCUUGUCUGGAGACUGCAAGAAACACUUGAUCUCCUGCGCCCUGCUCAAGAGAAAUUUUGCAAGCAGCUGCCUCCAUGCCCGCUCCCACUAGCCCCUAGAAAUGGUGGGCUGGUGUGUGUCACCAUUGGCAAUGCUCAGUACUGCAAACCCAUGUGCAACGAGGGUUAUGACUUUCAAUUCCUCAGAAGAAGUAGGCUGUAUGAAGUAUGUGGCAAUGCCACCAGGUUUUCCUGGACAACACAGCUUGUUGGGGGAAAGUCACUGGCUGUUUGUAACCCCUCUGAUACGGCCAUCAGUGGAGCUAAAUCUGCCUAUUUCCCCACGAACAGCACCUGUCUGCGCACAUUAGCCUUCACUGAAACUCAGACAGAGCAGCUAAACGUCUUCCUCAAGGAGCUUGGUGAGCAAGGCAUCGACGGCUCCAAGCGUGACGAGGAGUCUGAUUGUAUCAUCUGUGGUUACUAGCACUACAAGGCUUGUGCCACAGACCAACCAGUGGUCUGCAGUUUGACAUGGUUAUUUUGAUAAGAGAGGCAGAGCAGUGAAAUCAUUGUUAAGAUGUGUAAACAUGCAGCUUUUAUUCAGUUGAAGGGCUAGAGAUCAUAGUCAUAAGUUGACCUCAUCUCUUGGGUACAGAUAUAUAGGCUAAACCUAAUCACAUAGUUCAUGGCAGAGGUGUUUCAAAGAAAGAAGAUCACUUUUAUGGCUUAAAUUCAUCUAGCUGGAAUUAAAUAAGAAUUAGAGUUGUUUAAUUGAUGCAGUCAUUAGUUAAACACAUUAAUUGUUAUCAGAAAUCAUCUUCUGUCAGGUGUGAUCUUUACUGAGAAAGGGCCAUACUUUCAGUUGCUUUUAUAGUUACCAAUUAAUCAUGAUUGUUGCUCUGACGACCAUUAAAGCAAUGCAAGUCACAAUGGUUA